UUAAUAGUAAAAUCAUUGCUCCUAUCUUAUUGCAAGCUCCAAAUCCUGGCUUUAAAAAAGCUAAAUUUCUUGUAAGAACUUAUUUACUUUGCUUGCCUCAAGAAAUUAAAAGAUCUUUAGAAAACAAUUACAUUCCCGUUCCUCCUGCUCUUUUAGUUAGUAUGCUAUGGUAA